ACACACCACUUGCCAGAUACAAGAUGGAUGGAACCGAUCAGAAUCUGAGUUUGUUGGGUGGUGCUGCCGUUGUAAAUAUCGACAACACUAAGGCUGUUUACUUUGAUGGAGUAGAUGACCAAGCUACCAUACCACGUGUUGACAUUCUUACUACUGACUUUACUAUUGCUGUUUGGAUCAAACCCGUGACACCUUGGGGAUGGGUUAACACUUUAAUUGAGGACUUUAAGAACGGAGAAAUACAGUUCACCAUCUAUUUUUAUUAUGGAGGUUUGACAGUCAAUUUACACAAUUCAGACAACGAUCGCAUURGCCUAGGUCAUGGGGGCAUUCCUCUCGACCAAUGGACCCACUUUUCCCUCACAUGGAAUCAAGAACAGAUGACAGCAAAAAUCUUUCAAGACGCCAUUCAGAAGAGAUCCAAAACCGUGACCUUUCAAAACAUUGAUCUGUAUGACAAUCCAUAUCCUGUCUGGAGGAUAGGUGCACGUGAUGGAGCCAGCAACAAAUACUUCCAUGGCUGGAUAAGAGACUUGAUCGUGAUUCCGAAGGCCUUAUCAAGGGAAGACAUUCAAAAACUGAAAGAUGGCGAGGAUUUCAAAGCUUGGAUUGGACUGAAUGACAUCACUACUGAAGGGCUUUUCCAGUGGUCGGAUGGAAAACCCUCACCUUCACACAGACAAGCCUCACUGCUGACAACACUGAUGCAAGAAAUUGCGUGAAAAUGGUAAAUACAAAAGAAUGGUUUGCAAAAGACUGCAACUCAAAGAGUUCCUUUAUAUGCAAGAAAAAAUCAGAAUGAUGAACUCAAUCAGAAAAAAAUAAUGAUUUUGAAAGAAAAGUGCUUUUUAUAGACCUACUUCAAAAAACGUUGUUGGAGGCAAUAUGCCAUAGGUCAUUCCGAAGUAAAAGGUAAAAAUUAUAGGCAUACGCCUAAAGACAAAUAAUCUAGAAGUUUUACUGAAAUGGUUUCUUCUACUACAAGCAACACUAAAGAUAAGAAACUCAAUUUAUUCCAGCUGUAAUUUGAACCUGGAAGACAUAUUCCCUUUCGCUUAUCACCUAUUGCUCAGCUUUUUUUGAAAAAGGUAUAUAUUCAAAUUUACCGCACACAUUCUUCGAUAGGUAGUGGUCGCUUUUGCUCAUUUUUUGUUCUCUACAUUUCUUGAUCACAAUUGUACUAACUCGUGCUUGUAACAUAUUUAAAAAUUGCAAUCAAAUAAUAAUGAUAAAAGUACUAUUGAUCACCGUAGCUGUGAAUGUUUAAUAACCAAUGAAGUGCUAAAUGUAAAUGGUGCAGAAAAACAAUACUUUCUACUUUGCAUGCCGAAGGGCAGAUCCAGGGGAUCCAGGGAUCCAGGAUAGAGCUCUAUAUGAAACUUAAGGUGAUUCGAUUAACCAUAUUAAGUCUAGGACGGUUGAAUAUUACUGACGUAAGGAUCAUCGAGCGGUCGCGUUG